AUGUCGGGGAAAAACACCACCGAGAAGGUUUUGGAGAUCGACGUGCACGUCAACAAACAUUAUGACAUCGUUCGACGUCUCGGCAAGGGGGCCUACGGUAUAGUGUGGAAGGCGAUAGACAAGAAAAACAAGGAGACGGUCGCGGUGAAGAAGAUCUUCGACGCUUUCCGAAACCAGACGGACGCGCAGCGCACGUUCCGCGAGAUAAUGUUCCUAUUGUCGUUCGCCAAUCACGAGAACAUCAUACGACUGAUCGGUCUGCACAAGGCGAACAACGACCGGGACAUUUAUCUCGUGUUCGAGUACAUGGAAACCGAUCUACACAACGUCAUUAAGAAGGGCAACCUCCUCAAGGACAUCCACAAGGUCUUCAUCAUGUAUCAGCUGUUUAAGGCGAUCAAAUACAUUCAUUCCGGGAACGUGAUACACAGGGACCUGAAGCCGUCGAACGUUCUGCUGAACGCUCAGUGCCACUGUAAAAUCGCCGACUUCGGUCUGGCACGAUCGGUCACCCAGAUUGGCGAAGGGGAUGGUGAAACCGGCAGCGAUCCCACCCUUACGGAUUACGUCGCGACCCGUUGGUAUCGAGCCCCGGAAAUACUCGUCGCUUCGAAAAGGUACACAAAGGGUAUCGAUAUGUGGUCCCUGGGAUGCAUUCUCGGUGAGAUGCUUCUCGGUAAACCGCUGUUUCCUGGUUCCUCGACGAUCAACCAGGUGGAACGAAUAAUGGGUACCCUCCCGUUGCCCACCAAAGAAGAUCUGAUGUCGGUUUGCGCUGGCUACGGAACUAAUUUGCUGGAGAAAACUCCGAAUGGACCGCGACGAUCGUUGAAAGAUCUACUGCCCAAUGUGUCCGAGAAGGCGUUGGAUCUUAUCAGUAACCUGAUAGUGUUCAACCCCAACCGUAGGUUAACAGCUGUGGAGUCGUUGGAGCACCCUUACGUUGCCAAUUUUCAUAGACGAAGCAACGAACCGGAACGAGGAUCGAGCGUGGUCCCGUUACUCAGAGACGACGUACAGCUAUCCGUCGACGAGUACAGAAACAAGCUUUAUUCGAUGAUGGACGAGAAGCAUCGAAAGCACAAGAACAUGUCCAAGUCCAGAAUCAGACGACUCUCGGAGCACAUCAGGAAGGAAACCGCUGUCAACAAUUCCAACCCCGUCAUCGGACAAGGUGACGCGACUGUCGGGAAAAAUCUUACGCACUCGUACCAAGAUUUACGCAAAGGGAGAGGCAGAAAUGACGUCUACGAGCCUUCCUGUUACGAUGCACGUGCGCAGUUAGCCAGCAGAAAAACGACAAGGCAACCGCAAAUUGAUAGCGGCGAGAGAAUCACAAAAACUAGAACGAUAAGCACAUCAAUGGAGCCACAUACGCAAAGCACACUCGACAAGAGUCUUCGACCAACUGCGAAAAGCGUGGCGACCCAGUACACGUACGGUCUAACGAACGGCGGUGGGAACAACAACUUGACGCCCGGCACGACUAAAAGUUGUCUGUACAUCAACCAACAGCACCGGCCGCUGUCCAAAUCUCAGCGAUCCAUGCAGUCGGACCAUGUGACGAUGUGCUCGCCCGGUGGAAGGUCAGGCCAGUCGGCGCAAUUCAAUCGGACGAAGCCGCGAAAAGACAGCAUCAAACAGACGGUCUAUACGCCCGCUCGUUUCACAACGGACGCGAAUUGGCGCGAAGAAAAUAAUCGACAGAAGGUCCCGUUCACUCGCGACAGCCCGAAAAGUAAUCUCCAGGCGAAAUAUUUCGCGGGUGGCACGCCGGAUAGCACGGCCAGUUACUAUCUCCGAUCCAGCAACAGCAGCAACGUCAAAAGCACCAACAGCAACACGAACAGCGCGGAAUCGUACGCCUCGCGGCCGACCACCUCGAAGAAUCAAGCUAUCCGGAAUUACUUGAACCAAAUGAUGCCAUCGCGUGUAGUCGAACAAUCCCCGUUUCCUUGUCGAACGCGAAACAAUAUGGAUCAUCGAACGAUCCAACGAAGUAACGCCGGUAAUCCUGAUCGACUACAGCCGCCCGAUUGCACGUUGCCAGGAACGAAUCGGCCGAGGACCGCUGCGCUGAAUCGCAGCCAUAUCGCGAAAGUACAAUCGAGACACAUCGUCGACGGAAACGCCGAAAAGAAAUCGAGCCCCUUGUUACGUGACACGAAUUUCCUAGAUAAUUAUAGCCAGAACCACGGAGUGAUCACCGCGUCCGCGUACAAGGAUCUACGAAACGGUACGAUAAGAUGGUAA